UCUCUUCUCUUCGUAUCUCUCUUCUCUCUUCUCUCUUCUCUCCUCUCUCUCUUCUUUCUCUUCUAGAAAGAAAAGAUGGUAUCAGAGCAUAACUCUGGGCGAUAGGAAUCUAUUUUCUCCUCUGAAUCACAUUCCUUCCACCCAGAAAUCUUCCACCCAGAAAUCUUCUGACUCUUGGACAGUGAAGGCAGAAACCCUAAUCGGACUGAUCAGAACCAUCAACUGUUGCUGUUUUUUUUUCUGGGUUCUUCCUUGGUCGUAGCACCAAGGUAACCCUAGUAGGAGGGGGCCGGUGCUGUGAAGGCUCUCUUUCUUUUGGCUGAUGCUGUGAAGACUCGGUCUUGGAACUGCACUUUCGUACAGGUGCUGUACAGGGAUGUGUGAUUCCCUUUUUGGUCACAGGUAUGUGCUGUGAUUGGUGAUGUGUGUUGUGCAUAGACCAAUGAUAACUGAAGUCUAUUUAUUUGGAAUAUUCCUGGACGGUUUGAGUGCUGCUAGAGGAUUUCAGCAGUGUAGUUGUUAUUUCUGGACUGUUUUGGAACUGUUUGGUUGAGGUCCAAUUUCCUGGAUGGUUUGAUUAUUGCUAGAGGAUUUCAGCAGUGUUUUUUGGACUGUUUUUUUGAACUGUUUAGUGGAUGCCAUUAGAUUUCAGCUGUGGGUCCUUUGUUUCAGAAGCAGAUUUCUGAGUGUUUAGUGCCCUAAUUAUAACUGUGAGAAUUAGUAGUUGAGUGGGGAUUAGUCUUGUGCACUUGUGGUUUAAGUUUUGUCUUAUAUAGCCUUUGUUUUUGUCAAUGGCAAAUGGUGAUUCUGCCUCAUAUGGGGUUACAUCAAUCCAUAGUACAGCUGGUAUGGGAGCUGAAAAUAUGAUAUUUCCUAUGCCAAUUACUCCUUUGAAUGGCCUGAACUACCUGGAGUGGGCUAAAGGUGUAAAACUUUACAUAACAGCCAAGGGAAAAGCCGGGUACAUAAAUGGAAGAGUGGAAGAACCCAAGAAUGGGAUAGCUGAACAUGAUAGGUGGGACCAAGAGAACAGUAUGGUGAUGUUCCUGGCUUCUGGCAGCCAUGGAACCUGAUGUGAAGAACUUUAUGUGGGCAAACACCGCUAGUGAAAUAUGGGAACAGGCUGAAACCACUUAUUCUGAGCAGAGGCACUAUGCUAAGAUUUACCAAUUACAAGCUGAAUCCUCAACCUGUAAAUAGGGGAACCGUAGUUUGUCAACCUAUUAUUCAGCCCUUACUUCAGUAUGGAAGGAGUUGGACUACUAUCAAGCUAUAUAAUGGAAACAUGAUGAUGAUGCUAAAGCCUAUAAGAAGUUGGUUUCUCAGCAAUGGGUUUUUGCUUUCUUGUUGGGACUAAACCCCGUAUAUGAACCUCUUAGAGUUCAGAUUUUAGGGAGUAAAGAGUUGCCUUUAGUUCAAAAAGUUUAUGCCCUGGUUCAAUCUGAGGAAAGUAGGAGGAGUGUGAUGGUUACAAUUGAGGGGGAGCAACAGGUGGCAUUAGUUGCAAUGGGUGAUAACAAUAUGGAAAAGAAAAAUGACUCCAAGAAAACUGAUGAUAAGGAUAAGUUGUUCUGUAGCCACUGCCGACGUUCAAGACAUACACGGGACACACGUUGGGAGCUCCAUGGGAGGCCAAAGUGGGCUGUAAAGAACCAAGAACAGGGUAAGGUGCAGGGUCAGAAGAAGCCUAAUACAAUACAUAAUGUGGCAACCCAAGAUACUCAGUCCGGUGGAGUGUUGACUGGUACUGCUCGGGAGUACUUCACUGGUUUUGACCCCAAUGAAGAUAUCAUGAAUUCCUUCCAAAAUCACUUGGAAUCAUAUGGUAGGGCGCCAGAUGGACAGUUUAGUCACUGGUACCCCUUCUACUUCAUUUGCGUCUACAUCAGAUCUAACUUUUGGGAGGACAGUUGGUAGAGGAAGCUUAGUGGAUGGUCUCUACACUCUCGACAACAAGGCCGGUUUCUCGGUGUCAUCUUCAGAGUCGCUUAGUCAAUCAAAUAAGAGGCAAUUUUUUUUGUGGCAUAAUCGAUUAGGUCGUGUCUUUUGAAAUAAUGAAGUCUUUGUUUCCUCAUUUAUUUAAGUCAUGUUCAGUAUCAGAUUUCCAGUGUCAAACAUGUCAAUUGAGGAAGCAAUGUAGAACAACAUUUCAUUCAAGUAAUAAAUGAUCAAAUUUCCCUUUCCAUA